GUCACGCUCUUUGUCCAAGGAAAUUUUAUUAAAUGAUUCGUUAAAACCUAAGAGGGUGGGUACUACGAUUGUACAGUGGACUGACUUGGGGUAAAAAUUAUUUCUAACCCUGGGUGCCCUAGAAUCAGGACGUUUCUCUGUUAGUUACAAGCAUGUAACAGAUCAGUAAUUAACAGCAGUAAAAUGGCUUCCAACGCAAAGGGUUUUGAGUACAUGUAGCUUGAUUAAUCAUUUUCUUAUGCUAUUAGUAGUAGUGCGACAUAAAUUGAGACAUGAACGAGGUUUAAACAAAGUUUAACCUUUUUUCCCUCUUCCCUACCCCCGCUAGGCCAGAAUGAUUUUCCCGCCAAAUAUCCCUGCUCGCAGUUGGUGGGCUUGGUGAUGCAGAUUUGCAUGCGAGCAAAUAAAUGAAUUUUUUUCGCACGCUUCAGUAAUUAGCUCGGCUAGUUGUAUUUGGCUGUGUUACAGAUGUUUUCUUUCCCGAAAGUAGAUUUACCUAGCUUUUGUUGAAACUAAUUGGCCAAGAAAACUAUAAAUGACUAGCCACCAAGCAAUUAAGCUUACUGGCACUGAGGAAGGUUCAUUUAAAAACGCCGAUGGCCUUAAAAUUUUCACAAAAUAUUGGACACCCAGCGAAAAGCCACCGAGGGCAUUGGUGUUCAUCUGUCAUGGCUUUGCAGAGCACUGCUCACGUUAUGAAAAACUAGGAAAGGCUUUGGCAGAUCUAGGCUGCUUAGCCUUUAGCCACGACCACGUUGGCCAUGGCCACAGUGAUGGUGAAAGAGUCCAGGUGUCAGAUUUUGACUUAUAUCUCAGAGAUGUCUUUCAACACAUUGAUCAAGUCACUGCAGACAAUGCUGGAAUACCAAUAUUUAUGUUUGGUCACUCCAUGGGAGGAACAAUUGCCAUUCUCUCUGUCAUGGACAGACCUGAUUUCUUCACUGGUGCAGUCUUUAGUGGACCAAGUGUGACAGUAGAUCCAGAGAUGGUCAGCUCCUGUAAGGUUUUCCUUGGAAAAAUAGCUGCAUGGAUUGCACCCUCGUAUCAGGUUAUACCGCCCAUUGAUCCAUCUCUUAUAACUCAGAAUCCUGAAGAGGUUAAAAAAUAUGUUGAUGAUCCACUAAACUGGCAUGGAGGACUGAAAGCCAAGUGGGCCAAUGCAAUGUUAACUGCUAUGGAUAAAAUUCAGCGCAAAAGUUCUACAAUAAAAGUGCCAUAUUUUCUUGCUUGUGGUAGUGCUGAUCACGUUGUGAAAAAUGAUAGCUCAAAGUACCUGGAUAAGCAUACUCAGAGUAAAGAUCAAACAUUUAAGAUCUAUGAAGGCUGCUAUCAUGAACUACUGAAUGAACUGGAAGAGAGUGCCGAGAUGUUCCUCAAAGAUGUUCUAGAAUGGAUCAAGAAAAGACUACAGCCAUAGGUUAAUUGGUCUGAUAAAAUUAGUACCAAGAUCUGAUAAAAAUAACACAACAGACUUUUUAAUGUCUUAAGAAACAAUUUGUUUAAACCUAUUUCCUAGAGUACUUUAUACCAGCAGUAAGAGGAAAAUUUUACAAAGAAAUGUAAUACAUAUGUAAUGUAAUAUACGUAAGCACUUGCUCUAGAUUAGACUGUCAAUCCACUAAUCUGAUUAGUUCUCUUGCCAUUGUCUAAUUACUUUUAGCAUAUAUAAAUCUACUAGCGUUCUAUCACAGAUGCCAUUCUCUGAUUGGCUAUGCU